AUGGUUGCGUUUGCCAAGUGGCAUGUUUACCACGGGGAAGAGGGGAUGAAGGAAUGGCGCGCGUCUGUGAGGACGGAUGAGGGUAUGAAGGUUCCGCUUGGAGCAAAUGAGGAAGGGUUUCGGUUUUGUAAGGGGAAAUUACUGGAAAAAAGGAGAGUGUUCUUUGGUGAGGAGGGCAGGGAGCAUUGUUUGCUGGCACUGCUAGCUACUGAUCCUCGAUAUGAGCGUCGUGGAGCAGCUUCUCUUCUGACGCAGUGGGGCUGUGACUCUGCCGAUAGACUUGGAAUUGAGUGCUAUGUCGAGUCCUCGAAGAAGGGAUACCCAGUAUACAAGAGAAAGGGGUUCGAGGAGAUAUCUUCCCAAGAAGACGAGAAUGUUAUUCAUUUCGACGCUAGUAGAUUUACAGGCAGGGGAGGUAAUGACGGUGACUGGGUUAAUCUGGUCUGCAUGGUGCGAAAGCCAAGGAAGAGCGUAUGCUAG